CGGCUGUCGCGGUGUGGCGGUGUCGCUGUGUCGCGGCUGUCGCCGUGUCCCUUGGCCGUGUGGCGGUGUCUCUGCGUGGCCGUGUGGCCGUGUCGCUGUGUCGCGGGCAUGGCGGGGCUGCUGCCGGCGCUGGUGGCGGUGUCGCAGAAGGCGGCCGAGGUGGCGCGGCGCUGCCGGGCCGAGGGGCCGCUGGCGCGGCUGCCGGUGGCCGAGAAGCCGGGCCCGGAGCGCGGCCCCCGCUUCGCCCGCGACUUCAAAACCCUGGCGGACGUGCUGAUCCAGGAGCUCAUCAAGCACGACCUGGGGACGCAGUUCCCCGAGCUCCGGGGACACAUCCACGGCGAGGAGAGCAGCGAGUUCAGGGACGCGCGGGGUGGCACGGUGACGGUGCGGGUCUGUGACACCCCGGGGGACACGGUGGCCCUGCUGCUGGCCGUGCUGGGCCCCGAGCAGACGAGGGCGGCCGAGCUGCUGGCAGAGGCCGUGCACCAGGAGGUGACACUUGGGGACACGGAGCUGGAUGGCAUCGACCCCGGAGUGUCCCCAGGGGACGUGGGGAUCUGGAUAGACCCCAUUGCCAUGGCGAUCGAGGGCGGCAUGAAGUGUGUGAAGUUCUUGGUUUUCUUCUUCAACUUCAUCUUCUGGGUGUGCGGCGUGGCCCUGGUCGCCAUCGGCUCGUACGCGCUGCUGGCGCUGGGCAGGGCCCCGCUGGCGGCGGGGGGGGGCGCGGGCUGGGCCCCCGCCGCCCUGCUGGCCCUGGGGGUCGUCAUCUUCUUCACCGCCUUCUUCGGCUGCUGCGGCGCCUGGAGGGAGAGCUACUGCAUGGUCACCACGGUGAGGGGGGGGCUGCCCGCGGGACCCCCGGGGCGACCCCGGGACACCCCCGGGACACCCCUGAGACCCCCUGGGACACCCCCCCGGGGCAACCCCGGGACACCCCAGACCCCCCAGACACCCCUGAGACCCCCUGGGGCACCCCCAGACCUCCUGGGACACUCCCCGGGACACCUCAGAACACCCCCGAGAUCCCCCAGGACACCCCCAGACCCCCAGGACACCCCAGACCCCCAGGACAUACCCGGGUCACCCCCGGGACCCCCCGGGACCCCCGUGAGCCAGCCUGACGUGGGGAACCCUCCAGGACCCCCCAACCCAGCCCUUUGUGCCGCCGCCAUCGCCGGCUACGUCUUCAAGGACAAGGUGCACGGGCUGGUGGAGGAGGGGCUGCGGGAGGCCGUGAGGAGCUACGGCGAGGAGCCGGCGCUGAGCGCGGCCCUGGACGCCUUCCAGCACGAGUUCUCGUGCUGUGGGGUGGAUAACUACACGGACUGGGCCAGCGUGGAGCCCUUCAGGGCCAACGACUCCGUGCCCAGCUCCUGCUGCCGCCAGCCCGGCCCCGGCUGCAACGUCCGGCCCAGCCCGGCCACCGUCUUCAGCAGGGGCUGCCUGCCGAGCCUCGAGGCCUGGCUCAGGAGGAACGUGCUGGUGCUGGCGGCCGUGGCGCUGGGCAUCGCCUUCGUCGAGGUCCUGGGCGUUCUCUUCUCCUGCUGCCUCAUGCGGGGGAUCCGCAGCGGCUACGAGGUCAUGUAGCCCCCGCCCCGAAUUCCUGCCCCCCGGGGGUCCUGGGGGGUCCCAGCAGUGCCACCCCCACCCCCGGGGGUCCUGGGGGGCUCUGGGGCCCCCCUGGGUUUGCAAUAAAGGAAAAGCUUCUGGAGA